CCGGCUCGACUUGCAGGAGUAACAGAAGCCCAACUAACCCGAGCAAACAAAAGAUGGAGGGGAAACACAAUUUCGACACCACAGCGCAAUGGAAAGAGGCCCUGUCCAGUACAAACAAAUAUUGAUGAAUUUGAUCGUAAUUGGAUUAGAAGUGAGAUUGUUAAAUCAUAUAAAAACGGUGCCGCCAUAACUGCUGCCGACUUGUACAAAAAGUUUAUGCAUUACAAAAAGGAAUAUUACGACGAUGAGAUGCUUCGUCAUCGAUCCAAUCCAGAUAACCACUCAAGACCUGACAUAUAUCAUUGCUCAAAAAAUACUUUCCAUAGAGUACUUCAUUUAAUGGGAUUUACUAACGGGGUUAUAGAUAAAAGAGCAGGAAUAAGUCAAAGAGAAGACAUUGUAAUAUGGAGAGGAAAAUACCUUAGAGAACUUCGCCGAAACGAAGCUGCCGAGAAGCCAUUCAAAAUAGUUUAUAUUGAUGAGACGUGGGUUGAUGGGAAUAUGCAUGUGGCGCGAGGUUGGUUUCCAAAGACGUGUAAAUCCAUCAAAGAAAUGGCUCCAUUUACAUAUGGAACAACAUCGAUGGCAACUGGUCCUCGUCUGAUUGUUCUGUCAGCCCUCACCGAAGAUGGUAUAAUCCCCGAACUUGUUCUCGUAUACAAAGUGUCAAAAUCCCAGACUGCAAUCGAUUAUCAUGACAAUGUAAAUGCCCAAACGUUUCAAUCGUGGUAUAUAAAGUUGUUGGAUUAUCUCGACAGGACAAAUGAAAAAUGGAUCAUAAUAAUGGACAAUGCUUCAUAUCAUUCCACCAAAAUUUUACCAAGGAAAUCAGAAAGGAAAGAAGUUCUUUACAAUUUCUUGCAGAAAUAUACAACAAUGCCUGGUCUAAAUAUUAAAUUGCCCUCUGAUAUGAAAGCAAUAAGAAAAUUUGAGCUGGAAGAUAUGCUGGAAAAAGUAGCUCGGUUGCCGGAAAUGCGGGAUGAAUUAUAUACAAUCGACAAAUUGACGAAACAGCGGGGUCACAGGGUUUUAAGGUUGCCACCUUACAACUGUGAUCUUAAUCCAAUCGAGAGGUGCUGGAAAGACAGAAAACACAAUACCAAACGAAGGAAUCACAACAAAAACUUAGAUGACAUCAAGUUGAUAAUGCAAGAAGAAUUAAAGAAUUAUGACAAAACCCUAGCUAAAAAUCACUUUAAACAUACUAAGAGGUUAGAAAAUAAGUAUUGGGAGGAGGAUGGAAUACUAGAAGAAACACAUACUUCUCCAAUUAUAAUAACAGAGGAAGAUGAAGAUAGUGGUGAUGAAGAUAGCGAUCAAGAAGACUGCAUAGCGCGAGCUACAACUGUUGUAAUGGAGAAUGGCGACCAGGUUGAUCAUGGAGGAGACUUGUCCCUCUGGGAUUGCGACUGGGCGUACGAUAUAUUUGAAAGGGAACUUGAGAUAGGAAAUUAUAUGGUAGACACAACAGCUACUCGUGGCAGAGGAAGAGGUAGAAGAGGCAGAUUCCGUCAGUGCCCACUUUAGAUGCACAAUAACAAAAAUCAUAAAUAUUUAUUUGCUAGAUUUUACGGUAACAAUUUUAUGUUGAGUGUAUUCGUUACGAGUUAGCACGUUCGUAUCGUAGCAUUUUGAAACAAAAAUGGAAAAUAAUUACUAGCCGUGCAGAUGCACAAGUUUGUAGAUGAAUUUUUAAGCCAAAAAUUUUGGAUGUUCAUUAAUAAUCUCUAGUGUUAUUUUAAAAUUUGUGUUGGAAUUCAAUUAUUCAAUAGCUUGUAAUUAAAUCUAACUUUGUGACCAGCAUUGUAAUUUUGUAAUUUAAGCAAUAUUGGGAACGACAUUAUAAUUUGAAAUUUGCGUACCAAGUAAUUUAACGAGCUCUGACACAUGCUAAUACCAAUUUUUUUGUUAUUUUGUAAACAUUUUUCGAAGUUAUCAUUAAUAAAAGUUAAUUGAUUGAACGCACGGACGCACAGCAAAGGUUAAAAUGCUCUAGUUAUAAAGAAAAAUUGGUUAAUUUGUAUAGUAAUUGUAAAUUGGUAAUAUAAUAAUGCAAGUAAAUAAAAAUUUAUAGUGCAAAAAUAA